GCGCUGUCUUUCAAUAACACAUGCACAAUGGGGAAUAGCGAAGGCAGAACGGCGGACAGAUGCGUGUCACUCUGACUCUUAUUCCAGUUGACAAUAUAAAACUUUUAUCAUGAUAAAGGCAACACUCGUUUUAUCGAAGCAUUGUAAUUGUAUGAAUUUGGGAUACCUGUUUUUCUCCAGAAGGGAUGCAGCGGUACAUUUUGUUGUUUUUGCAAGGUGAGGCGCAGGUGAUGAUUGAUGCUACAGAAUUACGUUGCAAACAGCUGCAUCAACGAUAAUUUAAGCAGUUGGUUUUAACAGCAUAGCAUUUACGGAUUGCGGACAUAUGUAUAUCUGCAUGUUUAUAUUUUGUGGCAUUUUUCGCGUUUGCAAACCGAGAUGAGAAGGAGACUUAAAUCGGUGUUUUCGUUUUAGCCUCUCACUUUGGCAUCAAUUACCAUAGACUACGCGUCAAAAAGUGAAAUCCCUCGAAUGCGAUAGCCACAUAUGUAAAGGCUUUAAAAAAUUUAUGGUUUAUGACAUCGCAGGAUUUUACUCUCCCAAAUCGAAAUGGAAAUUGCACAAAACCGAAAACUGCAGCCUCGCCUAUCUACAAUAUGCUAAUUCGAUGAAUGGAGAAAAGAAGAUAUUCUGUUUGGCCUUUUCAGAUGCGUCAAAGGAAAAUAUAGUCAAAAGAACAUCUGACGACAGUGCGGUCUACCACCACCCAUUUCGGAGGGCAAUAAGAGACCAAAAUAAGCAUCUUUUUCUUUAUAUCUGCGCACUUAUAUAGCAAACAAGUUACUGGAACCUGAAAGAAUGUGAGACAUUCAUUUUUGGGAGCGGGUGUUCUAGCUCGCCAUUAAUUAAUAUUUUAUAUCAAACGAAAAGAGCUGGUGUUCACGGAUUAAACGAAAUUAUUUAGUGACCGAAUAAAAGUUACCAACUGGAAACAUCUCUUGUUAGCCAGCAGUGUGCGUGUUUAUAAAAUGUUGGCCAAAACGGAAUUAUGAAGCUUUUCUUUCGUAUAUGUCUUGGGGAACACUUGGGUUGAACUAAAGACUAACUGGGAGUAUCUAACACAAACUUCACCUGUUAGCUUCAGUAUGUAACUAACUACUGAGAAUUGACGCAAGAAUGGCAUUAUACAUGGACGGAAAAUACUCGAAUGUAUAUAUUCAAGACAACCUACAAUUGCAGCUGCGGGCAGAGACUAGGAGAAACAGGUGCAUAGUUCUGACAAUGUAUUGCUGUAACCAGCUGUUCACCAUUUGCUCCCGCCCUAAAGCACUACUAUAAUUCGUCUACCAGUGUAUAUUAUUUGGGAAAUCAAAAUAUUAUUCACAACCCGAAUACAAAAAAAAAAAAAAAAAAACAAACAAAAACAAAAAAACAAAAUGGAGUUUGCCAUGGUAGGCGCAGAAAGUGGUGGGUGCAACAGCCACCUGCCUUAUGGAUACGCCCAGGCGCGCGCAAGGGAGCGAGAGCGCGAGAGGGAGAGACAGGCGCAUUCAAGAGCGGCAGCAGUGGCGGCAGCUGCUGAAGCGGGAUCGGUUGGAGAGGGAGGGGUGUCCUCCGGCCAUCACCACAACAACCAAAACCACCAACAGCAUCAGUCUCGCGCCGCCUCCUCAUCCCAUGCCAGCAACAGUAGCAGUGGAACCGCCUCGCGCCCCUCCUCCUCGCAACAGCCGCCGCAGCACCACCAGGAACCACAACAGCACACUCUUAAGGAAAGGAAAAAGCAACGGGGUGCAGACCACCGGAGAAGGAACCGUUCGAUUCUCGGCGGAGACUUGCGCCAGUCGGAGUUGGCGCUACUCGGAUCCGAGGAGGAAAUUAUGAUAGAGGAGGAGGAGGCGGAAGGCGAAGAAGAAGAGGACGAGGAGGGGGGAGGAGGGGGUGGCGAAGAGACCAGAGAAAAGAGGAAAAGUUUUCUGUUUAACAUGGAUGAUGAAGAGGAGACAGUCUCGCUUACCGACAAACGUCCCCAACCAGGCUACGAAAAUGUUUAUAGUGAGUACGGGUGCUGCGAGAGAGUUGUGAUAAACGUAUCUGGUCUGAAGUUUGAGACACAAUUAAAGACGCUCACUCAGUUUCCCGAUACUCUCUUGGGUGAUCCUGAAAAACGAAUCAGGUACUUUGAUCCUCUGAGGAACGAGUACUUUUUUGACAGAAAUCGACCCAGCUUCGACGCCAUUCUUUAUUAUUACCAAUCGGGUGGAAGGUUAAAGAGGCCUGUCAACGUACCAUUUGACAUUUUUUCAGAGGAGGUUAAGUUUUAUGAACUUGGAGAAGAUGCAAUGCUCAAGUUUCGGGAAGACGAAGGCUUCGUAAAGGAGGAAGAAAAACCCUUACCAGAAGAUGAGUUUAAACGUCAGAUUUGGCUUCUGUUUGAAUAUCCCGAAAGUUCAAGCCCUGCCAGAGGAAUUGCUGUCGUGUCUGUUUUGGUCAUUGUUAUAUCCAUAGUCAUUUUCUGUUUAGAAACUUUGCCGGAGUUCAGGGACGACAAAGAUUUCCUCGGCGCAGGUAACAAUUCUGCAUACUCAGACAAUGGAUUUACACCUUUCAACGACCCGUUUUUCAUUGUUGAGACUGUGUGCAUUAUUUGGUUCUCUUUUGAAAUAAUUGUCCGCUUCUUUGCAAGCCCUAGCAAAGCUGCUUUCUUUAAAAAUAUUAUGAAUUCUAUAGACAUUGUAUCCAUCUUGCCUUAUUUCAUUACUCUUGGCACAGAUCUUGCCCAACAGCAAGGCAACGGGCAGCAAGCAAUGACCUUUGCUAUUCUCAGAAUAAUUCGUCUUGUCAGAGUCUUUCGCAUCUUCAAGCUCUCCAGGCACUCGAAGGGUUUGCAAAUCCUAGGACAUACUCUGAGGGCCAGUAUGCGGGAACUGGCACUGCUGAUUUUCUUCCUUGUCAUUGGCGUUAUUUUGUUCUCCAGUGCUGUGUAUUUUGCUGAAGCAGAUGAGCCGUUGUCUCAGUUCACGAGCAUCCCUGACGCUUUCUGGUGGGCAGUCGUUACCAUGACCACAGUCGGAUACGGGGACAUGAAACCAAUCACUGUUGGUGGUAAAAUAGUGGGUUCACUGUGUGCCAUAGCCGGUGUGCUGACCAUUGCUCUACCAGUCCCGGUCAUUGUGUCCAACUUCAACUAUUUUUAUCACAGAGAGACCGACAAUGAAGACCAAACACCUAUCGUGCAGAACACACCUCCCUGCCCCUACUUUCCCACAAACUUCCUUAAGAAAUUUAGGGGCUCCCCAUCGGCUUCCUCGAUAGGGGACAAAGCUGAGUACAUGGAAAUGGAAGAAGGAGUGACCGAGUCCCUGUGCGGAGUGGAAAAGCAAAGCCCGAGCAAAGGAAACGGUACAGAAAUAGUUAGAAAAAAUAGCUCCAAUCCCAAAUCGCUUCAAACAGACGUGUGAAAACAAACAAAAACAAAAUAAAACCAAAACACGUAUCUUUGUUUGUAGUUAGCCAUAUGUUAUCAACUAAGGUCUAGCUAGCUUGUACACGACUCGACGGAAAAAUUCUGAGAUGUUGCUUAAUACAGUCGGAAACAUGCAUGAUAGCCUAUUCUUAACACCCGCCUGGUGGUUUUAACAUAUCACCGUCGACCUUCAACAUGUAACGUUACAGCUAUCCAUAUCGACCAGGAGAAAUGCACCUUUUAUUUGAUUUGGUCUUCGCAGAGGGAUUAAAUUAAAAUAAACAAGGCGGACAUUAAGAGCUUUACCAUAUAUUCAAAUGAGGAUAUUUGCGUGCGUUUAAAACAGGAUAUAACGAGCUGAAGUUAUUAUUUUAAGAAAUGACAGAUUGCAAAGGCACUUUAUACGUUUCUGUACGUCACUUUAAAAUAUGAAGGGAAGGAGGAAAGAAAUCUCAUCGUUUUGCUGUUAUGCAAUAAAGUAACACUUUUGCACUACUGUACAAUGUCCGUUGAUUAAUUAUUCUGAGUCACCCUGAAAAGGCCCUACUCUGCAUUUUGUGGUAAGCUAACAUACACGUCUUACGAAAGACAUAACGUACUGUAUAUUUAAUUUUUACGAUAUGUUGAUUAUACAAGCUAACCCUAAACUCCUCAGUAAAAUAGGUUUUGCGAUAGGGUCAUAAUAAAUCACUCUAAAAAUGUGAAAGUGUCGAAGGUCGUAUUUGUUUUUAAGUAGCCUACGCGACUAAUCCCACCUUAACAGCAUCGCAGUUGUCCAGGAGAACACCUUGAGCCGGAAAAAGAUGACAAAAAAUUAAGGACCGACAUUAGUUUUGACAAAUAACAAGUGCACACUUUGAAUCAAAUUUACAUAACCGUUAACGAGCCAUAGUGCAUAAGUUGAAUAAAAAUGAACGCCCUAUAAGUCUUUUAAAGAAAGGUUUCUAGCGCAUAUAAAUUUAGUGAUAGUUUUUAACUCGCUUCAUUUCGCAUAUUUGUAGGCCUAUGAAUCGUCUCCUAAAUGCAAGACAAUUUUGAGUUUGUGUUUUAAAGGCCGACCGAUGCACACACAUUUUUUUUAUUUUAGUGUAGUCUACGUGUAGCCUACCUGGAGCGAUGCACUAUAAAUUCUUAACUUGGCAGGCGAUAGAGUGUGGAGCUCUUUUUUCAACCCUUCAUCUUAUAUACAACCAGAGGAAGAUCAGUAUCUAAUGGCUGUUACGGCCAAGUGCUUUGCCCUUUAAAUAGCCUACCACAAGAGAAUGACUAUAGAUCCCUUUACGUGAAAACGGACAGAAUUCCGAAGAAAGUUUACUGAAACCUUGAAAAUAUGGACUUCUUAUUUUUCUUUUGGUCAAUGGACCUCCAAAAACAACACCAUCGAUGAAAGAACUUUUGGUCUUCCUGGAGAACAUGCACAAUGCCUGAACUGAGGGGUUGUGCACAAAGUACUGUUAAGCACCGGCCCAGAAGACGGUCCUUCCGUGAAUAUGCAUCAUCCCUGACGCAAGUAUUGACACUGUCAUGAAAAUGCGCUGCCUGACAGCAAGCAUACUUGCUGCUCAUGUGAGAAACUGCUCCCUGGCCAAGCAAAGACUGAUGCUGUCUUCAAGACUAGCGAUUCCCUUUGACAGUGUGGGGAUUGACGCUGCAGUAAGACACUGUGUUGGACAGAGACAUAGGAAGGUGUGCAAGUCACAACUCAGCUGAUCGCCUUAAAUAAUAGUAAAUAUAUAUUUAUAUAUAAAUGCAUAUAUAUAUAUAUAUAAAUAUAUAUGAGAUGACAGAACUAGAGACCUAUUGAAGGUAACCUUUUUUUUCCUUUUUUAAUUGUGAAGCAGUGUCUCGCCAGAAACAGAUGUGAAUAUUUUAAUAUAAUGGGGGAAAUUGUCAGGUUGUGGCUUUUGUGUUUGUUUUUACUUUUACCGGCUUUAUUGUUGCAACCAAUAACCAAACAAAGAACAACUGUUAGUCUUGCCAGUGAUGUCAUUUGAUCUAUUUUUAUCUUUUUUUAACCAAAUACCACUGGCAAGUGCAGUACAAGUGGAGCUGCUGAAACAAAGAACUUUAUGUCAGUUCAUUCAUAUCCCUUUUUAAUCAGCAGUCGUGUUUCUGCAAUAUUUUUUGGGUAUUCAUAUCCAUUACUGCAUUUAAUUCAUAAUUAUGUGGUUAUAAUGUCUGGUGUAGAAAGACACCAAUGUGUGUGUGUGUGUGUGUGUGUGUGUGUGUGGUUGUGUCUGCGUGUUUGUCUGUGUGCAUGUCCUGAGGUAUAUUUAAAUAGAAAUUUGCAACAAUGGAAUUAGCAAAAAAAGAAAACAAAACAUAGGAACAGCAUGAACAGGCCAAGUGAGCAUACGCAUACCUUCUAUUUUACUAAAAGACACACACAUGCACACACAUACACGCACGCACGCACACACACACACACACACACACACACACACAUACAUCAAAUACAUGCAGUACAGCCCAGAAAUCAGAAAGCUGAUUGUUUUAUUUGGCAUGUGGUUGUCUUUUGCAUAAACCUCAAAAACAUUAAGAAUGCCCAGGAGUGAAACAGUCACUGAGGGAUUUUUCAAAAAUACAACGUAAUUGUGUAAAUGGCAGAUGUUUAAGAGACUCUGAUACAGACAGAACCAGUUGCAAUAGCUUUGUGUACAUGUAAGCUAAAAAAAAAACUUAAAAUGUGCUUUUUAGCCUUCAGUCUUACUUGACCAAAGUUGUAUUGUCUGACAGUAUUUUGCAGGUGUAGUGAAAAUGAAUAACAAAAAAUAAAUAUGGGUAGAAUAUGCAUAAAAACUGAAAUCUUUUUAAGUGUGUCCUACAAUAUUUAACAUCGUAAUUGCUUACAAAAAAGUAAUGACAUUUCACACAAUACUACACUAUGACUGUUAGCUUUUAUCAGAAAAGGAAAGACACCUGCAUUUAAACUCAACUGAAUGUGCAGUAGUUAUAAUUAUUGAAGAGGCUGUAUUUUCAAACAGCAGAUGUCUUCUGCACAUAUGUUUUCUUGUUUUAGCAGUGCACUGUGGACUUAGUAUUUGACCCUACACCCUCAGACUGCUUGUGUAACAUAACAUUAAAGCUCCACAACUGUCAUUUGUGUGGAAAUAUGAAGACAUUCACUGAAACAGCUUGAAGAAAAGGUGUUUGUUUCCCUAAAAUAUCAUGUGCAACUGCAAGGUCAACCAUCCAGGUCAAUAGCCAAGCAUUUUACAAGUAAAAUAUGUCUCCACAUAUGUGCAUGUCACAAUAUCUGUAAACAAAGCCAUUGCAUACUGGAAGUCAUAUAUUGUGUGUCAUAUUUAGAGUUUAGGAAUUUAUUACCUUUGCAAUGUGAUGUACAAGUCCCCCUAAGUGUACAAAUUAAUAAGGUGAUUUUAUGUCUAUACCUGGCCACUUUGUGAUUAGUAACUGGAAAUGUCUUAUUUUUUUAUAUUUUAGGUUGUAAAAAAGCAAAAAUAACUAUUUUUGGAUAGUGCUAUUCAAUGACAAAAAAGUAAAAGUAUCUUUGCCCAUCUGUUAGUGCAUCUGGUGCACCCAAGAUAGUUUCUUAAUUAGUCCUAAAUGAAUAUCCUGUUCACCACCAUGAAAUUGCAAUUUAAACGCUGCUUUAUUUUUGUAUUAUUUUGUAAGAUGUCAUUUCCCAAAAGCAAAACCAUUAUUUCAUGAAACAUGUAUUUAUAAAUACUGUGGGGGAAAACUAACAAUUGGUAAUGGUAUAUAAAGAAGGUAUGGUUUAAUUACUGCUAAAGGAAGUAUGGUUUUAUUACUGAUAAAACAAGGCCAUCACAAACAACAAUAUUUUCAAAUUUAGGAAAUAAAAAAAGCAGCUUGAAAUUUCCUUUGACCCAGAUAAAACAAGCUACAAUAUGCCAGAUUCCAUCCAUUUAGCUGUAGGAUGUUUUAUGGUGUCUGCACACUGAAACCACAUCCCCUAAAGCAACAUGGUGAAAAAGAUACUUCUCAGUCAUCAAGAUCAUUUUGUGUCCUCUAUGAUAUCAUACCUCUGUGAAUUUUGCAAUAAAAACAAAUGUUAAUGGCCUAGUAUUCUCAAUGUUUAAACUCAUGGUGUGUCAUUGACCUUUGUAUGGUAUAGUUGUUCUCAUAAAUUCUGGCGAAUAAUUUAUGGGAAGGUGAUGUAUACUCCAAAAUGUUCUAUUAUCUAAAAACCACAAAAAUGCUAGGAAUCCUAAAGUAUAUAGUUUUGUAUGGAAAGACCAUGUACAAUAUUGCUAAUAUUGCUAUCUAAUUCUUCCUGGUGAUCCUGAAUUCAUAUGAAUUUGGCCAUUCUUGCUUUUUGCAUGAUGCUGUUUCCCACAUGCUCGUCCUUAUUUAAAAUGUAUUCUUGUUAUUUAUUUGGGUGCUACCUUGGUAUUUUUGGGACCCUCUCAUUUCCUUUGUUUUACUUUUUUUUCUAAAACAAUCAUCCAAAUUCUGGAUUUUCUACAUUCAUAUAAUUUUGUAGGCAGCAAUAUGAGGUGAUGGAAUACUGAAUUACGUGCAAUGUUCAAUUAAAAACAUAAAUAUAUUAAAUAAAAACAAAGAAACACAAA